AUGACAAAAUUAGUAAAUUUUAAUAUAAAAUCAUCCCCAGAUGAGAUUCAAAUCUGCAAUGCACCAAUAACCUCUGCAUCAUCAACUUCAAAUUCGUCAAUUGGCAGCACUACUACAACUACAGCAUCAUUAAAUGCCUAUUUUUCAAAUGUAGAGGAAGAAUUAAAUAAAAAACUUGAUAAUGAAAUUGACCAAUUUGUUGUUUCGUUUCGUGAUAUUGUAAAAGGUUCAGGUAUCCGUGAAUCUAUUAGAGUACCUGGUAGAGAUACUGACAAAUCAGUUGAAAAAGAUAAAUAUAAAAAUGCAUUGGAUGGACUGGUAGAUGAAUUACGUGCAGCAAACAUGUCUAUUGAGUUUGACACAAAAGAUAAAUAUAAAAAUGCAUUGGAUGGACUGGUAGAUGAAUUACGUGCAGCAAACAUGGUUCGAUGUUGUGAAAGUCUAUUGAGUUUGACACAUGAUUUAAAAACAACACUUUUAUUAAAUGAUACUCAAACUUUAUUAAAAUUGCAAGAAAAUCGUAAAAAUGAUUUACUUUCUCGAACUCAAAAGAUAAAAAACAAAGUACUGCAGCUUAAUGAAGCUGUCACACAAGCAAUUUGGGAAAUGGAAAGUGUAUUAGGAGGAGAAGGUAGCAGCAAUCAACAACUUGAUCCAAGUAAAAUGUAG